UAUGAAAAAAAAUUUGGUAUAUGGAAAAGCCUUAAGGCUUAUAUAUAUAUGCAUAUUAUCUACCAGUAUAUAGGUUUUUUCUAUAACAAAUCCUUAAUUAGAUUAGGUUUCCUAAUUAGGAAAAAUUAUUCAAUAUAAAAAUUUGAAAAUACGUGGAAGUAUGGAGGGAGCAAUGAUGCAAUUCAAUGAAAGAAGAAGCUUAUUAUCACUCCUUAUAAUAAAAAAAAUGAACCUUUAAAAGGUGUUUCUCUAUAAUAAUGAGAAAAAUGAAAUAUUGAUUAAUUCAAAAUUGAAUCAACUUAAUAUUCUGGUUGAAUGAAAAUAUUGACUUAAGAAAGUUAGAAUGAGAUAAUCUAUUUAAUUUACUUAUUAUUUUAAUGCCUCAUUACAUUUGCAAUUUUUAAUCGUAAAUGUAGAUACUAGUCCUAGUCUAACCUUCCUAGUAGGCAUUUUCUGACAGAAGAAAUUAAUUUUUAUCUCUCUCUGAACUCAAAGAUCUAGGAAUUGCUUAUUUAGUUAAAAUAUUUCUACACCUAAUGGCUACAAUUUCAUAAUUAAACAUAAAAUAUUGGUGUAUAUGC